AUGAGGACGACAGUAGGCAACGUCUUGCACCGAGCCAACGGCCUCGGCCUGCGGGCCCAGAAGCCCUCGCGACCCUGUAGGCUCAGGCCUCAACAUGGACUUAGACUACCAGCCUAUGCGAAGACCGUCGGCUUCCAAUGCCGCCGCCAUGCAUCGUCGUCCACGACGAAUUUGAAAUCGACCCAAGGGUCUUCCCCAGGCAACGCCGCCGCAACCGCGCCCUCGCCGCGACCACUGGACGGCAUCACGGUCGUCAGCAUCGAACAAGCCAUUGCGGCUCCAUUCUGCACUCGACAACUUGCAGACCAGGGUGCGCGAGUGAUCAAGAUCGAGCGGCCGGGGGUGGGGGACUUUGCACGGGACUACGACACUCGUGUCGACGGACUUGCCUCGCAUUUUGUCUGGACCAACCGAUCGAAGGAAAGCCUGGCGCUGGAUCUGAAGGCGGCCAAGGACCGCGACAUCCUGAACAAACUCCUCGACCGUGCCGAUGUGCUGGUGCAAAACCUGGCGCCCGGAGCCACCGCGCGGCUGGGACUGUCGUAUGACCAACUCAAAGACGCCCACCCGUCUUUGAUCGUGUGCGACAUCUCGGGAUACGGCCAGGACGGGCCGUACAGCCAGAAGAAGGCAUACGACCUCCUGGUGCAAGCCGAAGCCGGCAUGCUCUCCGUCACCGGCACCAAGACAGAGCCGGCCAAGGUGGGCAUCUCGAUCGCCGACAUCGCGGCCGGCAUGUACGCGUACAGCAACAUCCUGGCGGCGUUGCUUCUGCGGCAGAAGACCGGCCGGGGCAGUCGGCUGGACAUCUCGCUGCUCGAAAGCAUGGUCGAGUGGAUGAGCUUCCCGCUGUACUACACGUACAAGGGCGCGCCUGGGCCGACGCCGACCGGCGCCUCGCACGCCGCCAUCUACCCCUAUGGCCCGUUCGACACGGGCGACGGCGGCUCCGUCAUGCUCGGCAUCCAGAACGAGCGCGAGUGGGCCAAGUUCUGCGCCGUCGUGCUCCAGGACCCCGGCCUGGCCCUGGACCCGCGCUUCGCCAACAACUCGCUGCGCGUCCAGCACCGCGACGAGCUCCGCCGCCUCAUCUGCGCCGCCCUCGCCCAAUACUCGGUGCCCGAGGCCGUGGCCAAGCUCGACGAAGCCUCCAUCGCCAAUGCCGCCGUCAACACCAUGGACGGCGUGUGGAACCACCCGCAGCUUCGAGCCCGCCGCCGCUGGACCGAGGUCGAGACCUCCAAGGGCUUCGUGCCCGCCUUGUUGCCGCCCGGCUUCGCCCCCGUCGACGACGCCCAUCCCGACGGCCUGCGUCCCAGGAUGGACAAGGUGCCCGACGUGGGAGAGCACAACCAGAAGAUCCUGAAAGAGCUGGGAAUAGACGAGUAG